UAUCCGGUAUUGAAGAUUGACAAAUAUCCCAUCAAAGCAGCUGGAUUGAGCACCAGUCAUUCCAUAUUGUACAGAUUUUCAUUAGAGAAACUGUAUAUUCUUCGUGCUCCCUCAAGCACCCACCCAGUGGCACUUAAAGCACUUAAGGGACUUUGAAUUUCAUCUACAACACCGGGAUGUUUGCGUGUCGGAUGUUUUGUUUGCUGAAAGCGCUGACGAUGGCGAUUCUGAUCGCCCUUGAAUCAUCAUCGGCUCUGAUUGUCCCAACAAGCGACGUGAACCCCAUUUGCAAGACGACGACGGAGACGCUGAUACCCUACCCCACUAAUUGUGCCAGGUACUACAACUGCAGCGCUCCCGCCAUUAGGAGAUACUACCCCGGCAUUGAAAAGAAUCUACAAGAAUGUGACUACCCACAACUGUACAACCCUGACACACACAGAUGUGAGCACUACAGCAUGGUCCAAUGUGGCAGCAGAUUUGAGCCCCUUGAUGCGUGUGAGUAUGACCUGUUCCCUUGUUCGCGGCAGUGUGGGCCAGGGUGUGACUUCUCCUACCCCUCCUGUAGGAACUUCGCCGACGGCGCCCACGCCGACAAAUAUAAACCGGACACUUCUUUCUACCAUGUUUGUUUCAAUCAGCGACUGGUCUUCAAUGGCAGGUGUCCCAGUUUAACAACGGGGCCAGUUUUGUUUAACGCAACUCUUCGCAUGUGCGUUGCUUAUUAAAAAUCGGUUGUUUUGAAGAAAGGAAAAUAAAGCUUAUGCAAACAA